CAAGUGCUGGAUUUUUUGGCCGGCAAUGGAAAAGUGUUAAGUGAGAAAAGGAAUCCAAGUCGUUUUAAAUUUUGGCCAAAAAGUGGAAAAUCACGCGGGAUGGAGCGCGAAAUAGCGCACAGUUUAGCUGGCGGGGAGGAGCGGAGCAGCGAUGUGGCACCUGGACAGGUGAAGACCUUCGAGGAACUGCGUCUAAGCCGGAAUCUGUUGCACGGAUUGAAGCGCCACAAUUUUGUGACGCCAACGAAGAUUCAGGCGGCUGCCAUACCCAUGGCACUGGCCAAUAUGGAUUUAAUAAUACAGUCGAAGAGUGGAACGGGCAAAACCCUGAUCUACGUUAUAGCCGCCAUGCAGGGCUACCAUCCCCGAAUGACGCGACCUCAUACCCUGAUUGUGGUCCCAACUCGAGAGCUGGCCAUCCAGGUGGAGGACACGUUUUUCUAUCUGUGCGAAUCCUUCCGGGACUUCAAGUGCGCUGCCUUUAUCGGUGGCACCGAUGUGUCCAAAGAUCGCCGACGAAUGCAAGCAAGUCGGGUCAUCAUCGGCACACCGGGACGUCUGCUGCAUCUGUAUCAGAAUCGGGUAUUGGAUGUGUCCAAGCUGGGGCUUCUGGUGCUGGACGAGGCGGAUCAGCUGUAUCAGACAAAGAGCCUGCAGGAUACGGUCAGUAAACUGAUAGAGGCACUGCCCAAGAACCGGCAAAUAAUUGCCUGCAGUGCCACCUACGAUCAGGAUUUGGAUGAGCGUCUGGCCAAGAUCAUGCAUAAACCCAUGCUAAUAUCGAAUUCCGAAAGGGCCACCGUACUCCUGGGCAUUCGUCAGUUUGUGUACGAGUUGCCACAGCAGACCAAUAGUGUGGAGGAGAUGCGUCUAAAGCUGCAGGUUCUUGGCCAGAUCUUUAACCAGUUGCCCUACGAACAGGCCGUCAUCUUCGCCAGCUCACAAAUGCGUGCGGAUUCCUACAAGAACUAUCUUACAGCCAGCGGUGUCGAGUGCCAUUUGAUCUCGGGAGCCAUGGAUCAAUCGGAGCGCUUGAAUGUCUUCGAGGGCUAUAGAAACUUUACAAUGCGCAUCUUGGUGGCCACCGAUUUGAUGGCACGCGGAGUGGACUCACCGCAUGCCAACCUGGUCAUCAACAUUGAUCCACCGCAGGAUCAUGUCACCUAUCUGCAUCGCAUUGGACGAGCCGGUAGGUUUGGCUCCAAAGGCAUAGCCAUCACGUUUAUUGCCUCCAAGAAGGAGAGCCAGAAAUUUAGGGAAAUGUCACAAAAAGUCGCCACGGCUUGGUCUGUGCUGGAGUUUCCCAAGGAGCCAAUGCCAAAGGAAUUUAAUUUUUGGGACUUCGAAAAGUACAACUUUGGAUAUUAUAUCAAGGAGGAGAAUCCGUUACAGGAAAUGCCUGUGAAACACAAGGUUCCUAAUAAAGAAAAUAGCAACAAAGAAAACGUUGGGAGAGACCAUGAAAAUCCGGACGUUUCAUCGAGAAAACCGUCCGUGGAGUUAGAAAAUAUUCGAAAGGAUCAUGAUUAUUUCAAGAAAAUGGAAAAACUACCAGUGGCCUUAGAUAAUGUUGAAUCACAUAUAAAUAAAGAACAACUGAGUAAUAAUGUUAGUCAGGAAAAGGAGGUGGAGUUGAACAACCUACCGGAAGCUUCACAUAAUAAUAAGAAUAUUGGUGUCAAAGAAGAAAAUGAGGUUGUGAAGGAAAUUGCAAAGCAGGGAUAUCUUAAAGAUACAAAUCCCAAAGCCGAGGAUUCUAAAUUGAACAAGUCGGAAAGAAACAAAAAGUCUAUUUGUCCAUCCAAGUUAUUUACAAGAGCUUUAUCCCAGAUAGAGAAGCAAAAUACUGAGGUACAGCCAGCACCGGAGAUCACAGUCAACGAAUAUUAUGUAGAAAACGAUAAAGGCGAACGCACACAGCCAACAGCGGACGACAAAGAGAAUCAGCCUGCUAAUGGAACGUUGGGUGCCCAGGUGCCGACAAAUUCUAUUCUAAGCCCUGCAGAGAUUAUAUCUCCCGAAUUAACACCAAGCCUAACACCGCUGGACCUGACCCAGGAGCCAUCUCCAACCACGGUGACCCCACCUGCGCCGCCAGCCAAUUCGAUUAACAACAAGACCUAUUGCCUAGCUGCUCCAACGCAGACCAGUUCGAUGACCAUACAGAACAUGGUAAUAUCGAACACGGUGGACGAUGCCAGUAGCAUCAGUUCGGAUAGCAUGGGUUGUGGCUAUCAUAGCGAUACGUCCUACGACACCUUCUAUGCAACCAGCGAUGAGGAGGAGAUCUGGGAGCGAUUUAAGUCCAAGCACAAGCGUCAGCAGAAGAGUGGGCAGCGGAAAUGGCCUCUGCUACUAUACAAAAGGAAAUUUCCUAAACUCAGCGCGAAAGUUAAACGCAAGUUUAAACAAAAGGUGGGAUCGUUAUACAGAUCUGGAAUAUCACAAUUAGUAAAUAAGAAAGUGCACCUUAACUUACAGAAACGUGAUCUAUACAAUAAUGUCUCACUUUUGCCACACAUAAAACUAUGUCACCUGCUUCAAAAAGUUAUAAAUCAAGAAAGAUUUUUGAAACGGCUCUACAAAUAUGCAAAAAAACAUCAUAUUGAGAAUGCGAGGGUUCCCAUUUUGCUGGAUUGUCUCUAUAAAUCCAUGUUGGCACUUUACUAUGACAAUACUAAGGAGGCGAAGAAGCAUGUAAUGGAUGCCAUGAAGGAGGCCUUCACAUCCAUUGAACACCAUCAGGGCCUAGAGUCUUUGAUAUCAGAGAAGCCGGAACCAAAGAACAAGUUCAGUGUCCAUGUGACGAAUCAGAUGGACAUUCCACCAAUGCCACCACAGGCCGAUGAUGAAGUGGGUUCAGGAAGUGAAUCGGACACAGAGGAUUCGCAGGAGUACGACGUAGAUGUACAGAUAAUUUCGGACGAUGAGGGCGAUGGCACCGAUGCGCCGAAUUCAUCGAGUGGUUUUGUAGAGACCAACGAGAGUGCUUCGUCGGGAAUUGAUACUUCCGUUUAUGAAACGGACUCUUCCAUCUUAUCAGGAAAUUAUUUUGAUGCAUCCUAUUUCUCGGAAGACGAGACUGAAGAUAAUGAAUACGAAUACUCGUCGAGCUCGGAAUCGCAGAGCAGUGCCAGCUUGGCAGGAUCAAGCUCCCCUGGAUCCAAAGCAGCGAGCAGCAGCGACCAAUCUUCGGAUGAUGAUUCAGUAACUGUAACUAAUAUCAUUCCCGUGCAGAAUGCCACAAACAACGCGCAGUCUUUGUGGCAGCAGACUUUCAACAUGCAGUACCAGUUCAUUGCCGCCCAUGUGGCCAAGAGCAUUCAGAACUACAACUAGAUUGCUAUGGAAGCGAAACUAGUCGAAACUCAGGCAUUAAAAUUAAUGAAUCAAAACGAAUCAGUUCCAAGAGGCUGUAUCAGUCUCGUUCCUUACAUCUUUAUAUCGUAGCCUGUUAAACCAUUUUCUCAAUUUGAAUACUCAAUAUCAAAAUAGUUGAUACCAUGUUAUGGACUUUGGAGAUGAACGAUGAAUGUUUUGCAGAAUUUGUUACCAAAAAUACAUGAAUUAAAGCACAAAACUAUA